CUGAAGUUGUAACUUAUUAAUGAAGUUUAACUACUGGGAAGCUGUUAAAAACCUCACGCAAAAUCAAGGAAAAACCCAAAGUGAAAGAAAGCACAGAGGGGAACAGGACUCAUUCGAUCAGCUCAGGAUUGUAACUAUAACUGCAAGAGAGGCAUCUAAUAGCCUGAAAGGUAAUCACAAGACAGACAGCAAUAAUUGAGUAAGUUACUCAGUAACUGUUGAGAUGGAACCUCAGAAGAAAACCGUGGAUGAAGAAUUGAAAGAUUUAUUCCAUGCAUUUAAAGAUAAAGAAGCUAUGGAUAAACCCUGGGACUUCCGAAUGUGGGAUAUCGAACAGAAAUAUAUGUUCUUUGAGAAAAAUCAGCUGAUAGCAGCCCCGCUGUAUUCUACAUCAUCAGAACAGUUGAUGGCUGUGGUCCCCAACAACAACUUAGACAUCAAAAAACGACCCAUCUUUUUGGGACUCACUGAUAAACUCCUGACCUUGACCUGUCAGUUGUCAGUUAAUGAUGAACCUCAACUAGUGAUAUUGGAAGCCAACAUCAUGGAUCUUUACAGAAGUACGAAGGAAUUCAAGAAUUAUUCUUUCUACGCGGACAAUAAAGGCACUAAAAUGACUUGCUGCUUUAAAUCUGCAGCUUUCCCUGAUUGGUUUUUAUGUACCUCAAUUCAACCAAACAUGCCUCUUGGUCUUUGUAAAGCAGGAGAUUCUAAGAUCAUUUUGUUCAAUUUUGAAAAUGUUUCUUCCACUCCAAAGCUUUUGCAAUGAUAAAGUAAGUAAUAGUAAUGUUUUGAUUAAAAAUGGAAUAUCGAAUUGCGAGUAAAUUCUAGAUUGCCUCUUAGUAUUGUUUUAUUUCUGGCCUCCAAGGACUAUGGAAGACUAACAUGGCAAUGCUGAUGGAAGAGGUGGAGCCAUAGCUGAUUCCUUGCCUGUAACACAACCUGGAUGCAUUUAGUUUUGAUUCAGUAAGAACAGAAAUGAAAAUAAAAACCUGAA